UAAGGUUGAGGGCACUGACCGCAACACCCUCUUAUGACACCUCUGUUUUGACUAUAUAUAUGUAAUGUUUAUUUGUUUUUCAGAGUUAAAAUACAACGUGAACUUACUUUAGGCUGACACUGCACAGCUCUGUGCUGUCUGGAGGAACAAGUCUACUGGAAUCUACCACCACUCUUCAUGGUGGAGUCUGGAAUGUGAGGCAUGUCCUAACCUCUAACCUGAACCUCUGACCUCCAAAUGUAGUACAUUUACCUGCAGAGAUGAAGAAACCCCCCAGCCACUGGGUGAAAGUUUGUGUGCUUAUUCAAAACAAAACACACAAACAGAUUUGCUUCAAAAUGAUGAUUAGAUGUGGAAGCACAUGUACAUUAUAAUUUGAUAUUCAUUGAUGGCAGGCUUCUGCAGCCGUUUCCUGCAGAAGCAGACUGGAUGAGGCUCUGUUUAGCUGCUCCGUGACCUCAGCUGAUACUCUGGUGGGCAGCUCCUCUGUCAGCUGGCUGCCUGUCACUCUCUGCACCAACAUUCCUGGAGCCAAAUGUCGCUUCAGGUUCAUUUUUAUUCAUCUUCACAAUGAAUGCUAAAGCAUUGUACACUGUAUAUAUUAGCCAUAUGACACAUCUUAAAAGACAGUGGAAAUUCGAUGGACUGUAAUCCAAGUUGCAUUGCACUUGUAAUAAUAUUUUGAGCAAUUCGGUGGUGAAAAGUGUUGUGGUACAACUUUUCUCUUUAAAUUUUUGAAUCCAUACAAUCAGGGAAUUGAUAACGCCAUCUUGUCUGACAGUAAUGGUCAGAUCUGGCUGUGUUAAUAACUCUAAUGAACGAUUAUAAUUCACUAUCAACUAUGCUCUUAAAAGAAGAUCUGCUCUUCAUUCAUUUGGUCCGUUGUGCACUUUGUUCACCGGCUUUUCCUUCCUAAUGGAUUCGGUUGCAGUUCUCAAAACCCCCAUCUUUACUCUAGCUAUUUUACACACUCCCCGCCCCAGAAUUGUAACCCGAUAUAUUUAAAUCGCCUACGUAAGUCCCUGUCGUCACAGUCAGCGCCUGUAUGUGAUUUUCCUGCAUGCAUCAGCGCUUCUUUGCAUGCUCCUGCUGUGUGAAACCAAGUCUGCAUGUUAAAACUUGAAAGUUGCACGAUGCAAACUUUUCGUCGACAAUGCAUUUUUGCAGACAAAGCAUCGGUCACCGCUGCAGCCUGACAAUGGCCCGCCCCCGCCUCUGGACAAGAAGAAAUCCAGACCAAUAUGAUCCUGAUCAUCGAUCGUGAGCAGAACAAAGUUCACCAACAUUAGGUCUAGAGGCGGGGGUUAGAAAAAGUGCAAGGUGAUACUUAUAGGCUGUGAGGUACGGCUGCAGCGAACAGGACAGUCCUGCAGCUCACACAGAGUUCUGGAAAGAAACGAUGGUCUCCAUCAAAUCACCGUCUCUGGUGCCGGUAUCCGCCGGUGCCCAGGUUCUACUCGGGUUGUUCUGCUUGGCCGUGGCCCUCUUUGCUUUCCUGCUCACACGCCAGCUCUUCAAGCAGAGAAGACCCCCGGGUUUCCCCCCCGGCCCGUCUCCCAUCCCUGUGAUUGGCAGCAUUCUGUCUCUGGCCACUGAGCCGCACGUCUUUCUCAAGAAUCAGAGUGAAGUUCACGGACAGAUUUUUAGUCUUGACCUGGGAGGCAUCCUUACUGUGGUGUUGAAUGGAUAUGACUCUGUAAGGGAAUGUCUGUACCAUCAGAGCGAGGUGUUCGCUGAUCGACCGUCGCUGCCGUUAUUUAAGAAAAUGACUAAAAUGGGUGGACUCCUUAACUGUAAAUACGGUAACGGUUGGAUUGAACAUCGAAAACUGGCCUGCAACUCUUUCCGUUACUUUGGCAGUGGCCAGAGAAUGUUUGAGAGGAAGAUCUCUGAGGAGUGCAUGUUCUUCGUCGACGCCAUCGACGAGCACAAGGGGAGGCCGUUCAACCCCAAACACCUGGUGACCAACGCCGUCUCCAACAUCACCAACCUCAUCAUCUUCGGACAGCGCUUCACCUACGACGACCACAACUUCCAGCACAUGAUUGAGCUCUUCAGCGAGAACGUGGAGUUAGCCGUGAGCGGAGCGGCGUUCAUGUACAACGCCUUUCCCUGGAUCGAGUACGUGCCUUUCGGAAAGCACCAGAAGCUGUUCCGCAAUGCUGCAGAGGUUUACGACUUUUUAGUUGAGGUCAUCGGACGCUUUUCGGAGGGCAGGAUUCCACAUGUACCUCGACAUUACGUCGAUGCCUACUUAGACGAGCUGGAGCAGAACGCGGGAAACCCCACUUCUUCAUACUCUCAUGAAAACCUCGUUUACUCAGUUGGGGAGCUCAUUAUCGCCGGGACAGAGACCACCACCAACACUCUGCGCUGGGCUAUGCUCUACAUGGCCCUCUACCCCAAUAUACAAGAGAGGGUGCACAGGGAGAUUGACAGUGUGUUGUCCAACGGGAGGGCCCCGACCCUGGAGGACAAACAGAGGAUGCCCUACGUGGAGGCAGUUUUGCACGAGGUCCUUCGUUUCUGCAACAUCGUUCCGCUCGGCAUUUUCCGUGCCACCUCCCAGGACGCCCAUGUGAACGGCUACACCAUCCCUAAAGGCACCAUGGUGAUAACCAAUCUCUACUCAGUGCACUUUGAUGAGAAGUACUGGAACGACCCCGGCGUCUUCCUGCCAGACAGGUUCCUGGACAGCAAUGGCAACUUUGUGAGGCGUGAGGCCUUUCUUCCGUUUUCUCUGGGGAGGCGUCACUGUUUGGGUGAGCAGUUGGCCAGGAUGGAGAUGUUUCUCUUCUUCACUACUUUGUUGCAGGGGUUUCACCUCCAGUUUCCUCCAGGAACCAUUCCAUCGCUCACUCCCAAACUAGGCAUGACCCUACAGCCCAAACCCUACUCCAUCUGCGCCGUCCGCAGGCAGCACAGGGUUGCACACACUGGAGACACUCCAUAUAACAAGUAGAGCUACAGGGGCUUCAGCUCUGCUAAGUUAUUACAUUGCACAGCAAUGCAGCUCCGAGGAGCACGGGUGUGCACCGGUGGAACUCAAUAUCCAGAUGUGGUUUCAUCUGGCGGUGGCGUGGGCCACGUUAUCCAUUUUAUUUCGUUACUAUGAAAUUGUCCUUCCGCACAGUCUGCAUGUUUGCACAGGGGAGCACAGGGAAUGGGACUGAGUGAGACGAGGACUCGCAGGGAACUCACAUGUGCUGCAUAUUCAGUUCAGUGUCUCGCUCAGGGCAUCUCUGGUUCUGCGAAAGGGAAUUUCUACAAAGCCAUGCAGUGGUGAUGGGUCGGUCUGGGUGGGUGUUAAUGAUUGACAGAAUGUACAUCUAUGACGGUUCAAAGCCCUGUCCUCUCAGGAUAACGUCAGGUCAGACAAAUGACUGCACAAAUUCAUACUAGUGUGUUGAAAGUGGACUUUCCAAGAACAAAUGUGAACAGUGUGUUGAAGGUGGACACAGGCCAAGGUUUACUCUUGUUGGACUGACUCUGACCCCCCACCUCCCCACCCCCCCAUCCUCCUCCUCCCUCAGGGAAAGGCACUCCGUGGAAACUUUGUCUCUCAGACUUUGCAAAACUGACUCUUUGCACAGGUUUUUUCUUUGAAAUUGUGCUUAUCAUUAUGAACAGAGUACUUUUUUUGUAUUUUUGUGUAAUGUUGACAUUUGUACUUUUUAUUUACUUUUGCAAGGCUUAUUGUAUUCUGCGUAUUCAUAAAGUCUUUCCUAAGAUACUGAUGUCACGAUGUGUCGUCCCUUGGCCUCAGAUUAAAAUGUCAAAUACAGAACAUCUAGGUGGUAAGAUCUUAUCAAAUAACUUUAUGGCAACCACAGAAGCCCGUGCUGGUUUCAGGUGCCAAGACGAGGCUCCAAUUCUAAAGCACACAUUUGAAAUGCCUUGUAAAAAAAAAUGUCAAAAAACAGAAAAGCUAUUUAAAGGGACAAGCAAAAAUUUAAAGUUGAAAAGCUAACUGUUGGAACAUGGAUUGGAUUUUUUUACCCCUAAACAUGAAAUUAAAAAUAGGUUGCUAAUAAUUGCCAUAAAUCAUUCCCAAAUAGCCUUCAGUGUAUACAUUAUAUUUUCACUCACUCAUAAUCAAAUCCAUUGACAGUUGCAGUUACUUAAGAGAUGGUGUUUUUAUGACAGAUAUAAAUAACAACAAAAAUACGUCACCCCCCUCCCCCCCACAGUGUAGAUAAAGGUGAAUGGUUACAUUAGACAAACAUACAUAUACAUAUACUUCUGCUACAUAAGAGAAACAACCAUUCAAAGAUGUAUUUAUGGCACAAUCAUCAGAGGACACUGUGGUGUGACAGACUACGCUGUGAGAGGAAAUCAAAAUAAAGAGCAGGACAGAACUGAACUGAAGGAACCAGAAGGUUCUGGAUCUGCAGGAGCUUCACCAUCCUGUGAGUGGGUCCGCAUGAACGAGGUGUUGACAGCCAGGUGCCAGCAUGUGUAUGGCUCCGACCUGAGUCCAAUUCUGAAAUAUGAUGCCAUCACCGGUGACACAUUGCACUCUUUGUACUUUUUUUUUUCUCUUGCACAAACAGUACCAAAGCCCAGAGAACUGUUUCCAAUCACAGGCUUAACCUGGAAUUUAUCUACAGUCAGUAGGUAACGUUUGGCACUCCUUGGUGAAGUGGGACAAGAACAAGACGAUGGCGAAAUACAAAGAGUGGUUUUGAUACUGAACGGGGGAGAAAGUGAAAACCAAGUGAAAACUGAAGUCAAAAUAAAAUUCAACAUCAAACCUGGACGUUUAACACUCGUGAGGACUGGGAAAACAAAUCUGGAACCACAAUCUUUACUGACAGGUUCUGAAUGUACAACAUGUCAGCUGCAUGUAGAAAAAACAGAUGCAUUUGUUGGAUUAUUUAAAAAAUAUAUAUAUUUAUAUGCACAUACUCUUUUGUACAGCGGCUAAACACUUGUUUGGUAUUCAAAUGUGCACACUUUUGACUACUUUUGUGUCUCUAAAUAUUACCGUUCUCCCUCGUUUUCACACUGAUUGACCAUUCUCUUCAAGAUCUUUAGGGUAAGGACAAAAAUAGUUCUGCCUCCCCCUUAUUAAUGAACAUCUUUUUUUCUAGUGGAAUGAUAUCAGGUCUAAGAGAAAAAAAACAAACAAGAAUAAGUAGUUCUAAACCACAGUGGAAUGAAAACCCUGGAUCCCUUUUAUACACACUGGCCAUGUGGAGGGUUUGGUAAAAGAUAAAAAUAAUGAAGAGAGAAAAUGUGAAAUCAAAUAUUCUGAGCUUCAAGUUUGUCUGUGUUUAGCUGAAACACGGGACCAAACUUCGUAUGAUUGUUUGAAAUAAGUUCGGAAAAAAGUUGAUUUAACAAAAGUCUGAUGUAGACGUGACAACAUUUACCUUUUGCUGAUAAUCAAUAUAAGCCUUUCUGCACUGAGGUUGUGAAAAGGUUAUUCAAACAGAGUACGGCCGUCCAAAAGACAGCACAUACUGUACGCUCCUCCGUCACAGAGGAGUUUAAAAUGCUUCAAAUUGUCGGUUAGAAUGUCACUCAAAAACCUGUUACCCAGACUUAUUUAAUUAGCUGAGUCUUUAUCGCCUAUUUCAUAGCAAUGAUGGUAAUUCUUGCAAAAAUAAUCAAUUUUGCAUGAAUCCUGAGUAACCUUUGAAAAAAAAACUUCAAUCCAUUUAAAAGGAAAGAAAAAUAAAAAGAAAGAAAAUAGAAUCCAUUCAAAAAAAAGUCAUGAUCUUAACAUUGUACACCAGAAGAGAGAAAACACACGAAGACAUUCACAAAGAAAUGACAUCACACUGGAAUAAUUACAAAUGUGCUCUCUUUCUUUCAGCCAUUCAUCCUCCUCAUCACAUUUCCACAGAAACACACACACACAAACACGAUGAAGCAAAAGAAAUUAAAGGGGUAAUACUAAUAAUAAUAAUAAAAAAA